AUGAUCUCCAGCAUUGGUGGAUUUCUCAAUCUCAACAAUCUCGACAUGACGAGCAAUGCCAACGAUGUCAUUGUGGUUCGUCACCCCAGUGGACAUUUAUACAGCACUCCAUUUAAUGUUCGUUUUGGAAAAGUAAAGGUGUUGAGCCCAAGUGAUAAAGUUGUGCAUGUGGAGGUGAAUGGUGUGCAGACAAAUGCGGUGAUGAAGAUGGGCCCUGAUGGAAAGGCAUUUUGGUUGAAACUCACACACCGCUCGGAGUGUGAUCAUGGAAGACCGGAAUCACCUAUUAUGAUCACCGUCAACGAUAGUGAAAUUAAUAUGAAUAGUAACCCUGUGGGUAAUCAAAACAAGAAUACUACUACUACUAAUAAUACUAAUACUACUGGUAAUAGUCAGAAUAGUACUGGAGAAGAAAAGGUAGUAUCUUCUCAUGAACUACCAUUAAAGCUUCCUCAGUCAGUAAAAGAGGUGGAAAAAAAGACAAAGGGAAAAGAAGUAGAAAAAACAACAUCUAUGCAUAAAGAAGGAGAUGAAGUUGCGGGUGAUGAAAAUCUUUUGACAAAGGAGGUUAGUGUAAGAGAAGUACGUGAUAGUCAUCGUAAACGUAAUUCUUUAAGAAAAUCUUCUGUGCCAAAUCAAACCAUUUUACAACUUAUUACAGAUUUGGAUGGGAUAAUUAAACAAAUGCAAGAACAUCAAGAGAAAAUUAAAGAUGGUAAGGAUGAUGAUAAACCCCAUGUGGGAGAAACAAUACCAUCUGUAGAAGAAAACCAGGAUGAAUAUACGUCUAAAUUAGUUAGACUGCAAGACCUCACGAAGGAGUUAAACCUUGCAUUAAGUCAAUUAAAUGUAAAUCCUGUUGCUGCGGAUGCCGCUGUGGCUUCUGUACCUAUUAGGUGUGGUGGAAAGAUUGAAGAAGAGCAUGUUUCUUUCUCAGCUUUUCCACUACAGUCACCAACAACAAACACAACAACAACAACAGACACAACUUCAACUACAACAGCAAUACCAAUCAGCACAGAAACAACAAAAGAUGAUGGGGAAAAAGUCUGCAAAGAAAAAGAUGAAUUAUUAAAUACAAUUAAAGAACAUUUGGUAGAAGCUACUGCGGCUUUACGAGCAGCUAAAGCCGUUAUAACCGUAGAAGCUCUUGCCUUACCAGAGAAUAGAUCAAUUCCCACAGUGGCGAGUUCUGUAGCAAGUGAUGAUGCCUUUGACUCUCAUGAUGAUCAUUAUUUAUUUGAAGAUCCUUUAGGUACAGAGAUGUAUGACUCGGAUGAGUUUGUCUCUCCUACGGAAGUUCCAGAUAAUAUAUUAUCAACUACACAUGGAGUGGCCUCUUCUGGUCUUGUUCAACUUCCUUCUUCUUUUGCUGAUGCCACUUCUACUAGUAUUGCGGAUACUACUGCUGCUGUUGAUACUACUGCUGCUACUACUACUACUAUGAAUACAAAUAAGAAUACUACUACUACUACUACUACGGAUGAACCGCCUCUCAUCACUACACUGUUGCCAGUUGGUGGUAGUAGUGUUCCUGGUGGACCGAACUCCACACCGAGAGUCUCUAUUACGAUGGGGGAUGAGUCCAUAAGCGUUGAUGAUGCCAUCUACAACUACAGUAACAACGAUAGCAGCAAUAGAAGUAGUAGUUUCAGCAGUGCGAGCAGUAGUGAUGGUUGUACGGCGUACCUCGCAAGUACAUUAGUUCCCACGGAAGCGGAUUUAUUACGACUAAACUUAGUGGAAGGACAUAAUCGUAUUCGGUACAUCACACACAGUUCAUUACGUGGAGAAGUGGCGGUAGAAGCAAAUGUAUACUUGUGGGAUAGCACGGAUCGCCUUGUUGUGAGUGAUGUGGAUGGUACAGUAACGAAGAGUGAUGUUUGGGGUCAUCUUAUGCCACUUAUUGGACGUGAUUGGACUCAUCCCGGUAUUUGUUCUCUCUAUAGUAAGAUUGAACAGAAUGGAUAUAAGUUUGUUUACCUCACCGCACGUAGUUUAUCACAAAUUAGUAUGACACGUAAUUUUCUCUGGAAAGUGGAACAAAAUGGUUCUCGAUUACCGAAAGGACCAGUAUUAACAACACCGCAACGUUUUUUUACCGCUCUUACACAGGAAGUAUCUAAGAAAUCACAUUUAUUUAAAACGGCAUGUUUAAAACAAGUUUUGGAUGCUUUUCCAUCACAGUGUAAACCCUUUUACGCUGGUUUUGGUAAUCGAAUUAGUGAUGUAUGGAGUUACGCCGCUACUCAGAUUCCAAAACAUAAAAUAUUUAUUAUUGAACCAGAUAGUGUAUUGGAGGUACAUAAUGUGAAAAGAACCUAUAAUGAUCUUGCAGGAAUAGUAGAUGUCGUUUUCCCACCCAUUGUAAAACGAAAAGUACGAUCUAGGCGAAUAACGAAAGGCGUAGUAAAUAAUAAUAAUAAUAAUAAUAAUAAUAAUAAUAAUAAUAAUAAUAAUUCCAAUCCCUCUGCUGUCUCACCGGUGAGUCAUGAUGCUGGAAGUAAUAGUUCUUUUGGUAAUGGGAGUGGUAUUAUGGUAACGACAUCCCCUGCUCUCUUUUCAUUAGAAGAGGCGGAAUCCCCAUGUAAACAGGCGGUGAGUGAAGAACAGCAGUGUCCACUGGGAUCUAGUGGGAAUACAGGCGAGGGAUCCUCCUCCUCAUGUGUGGAAUUAGAUAUGGAGAGAAAACCCAAUUUAACCACAUCUACUUCAAGAUAUGAAGAUAGUAUGGAUGUUGCUGUGGAUCAGGAGUAUGAUUCGUAUCUCUACUGGCGUGUGGAACCAUCCGCUCUCAUCUCAACAUCAAAGACGGGAAAACAGAAUAAUAAUAAUAAUAAUAAUAAUAAUAAUAAUAAUAAUAAUAAGGAAGGGAAGAUGACAGAGGAAAAGCAAAAGAAACCAACACAGCAACAAGGACUUUUAAAUAAGUGGUUGAAUUUUAAUCUUGGGUUAACGCCUGCUAGUGAUAAUAAUAAUAAUAAUAAUAAUAAUAAUAAUAAUAAUAAUAAUAAUAAUAAUAAUAAUAAUAAUAAUAAUAGUGGAGGUGGUGGAAAUAAACCGCAAGAGAGUGGUGGAAAGAAAACAGCCGCAGCUGCUGUGGGAGGGACAACACCAUCGGUUGGUAGUGAUUCCCUCAACGCCAGUGGAUUAACACAAACUUCAGGAAAUGCACCCGAUUGCAGUUUAGUUGCGAGUACAAAUGCCGAUACCCCAAUGAUGCCAACAACAACAACAACAACUCAUACAGUGACGAUUACUAGUGAGAAAAAGAUACCGCCGACUGUUGGAGGAACAAAUUCAAAUACGGUAGAAGCCACAAAAGGUAAAACUCCUGGAUGUGAAGUUGUUGAGAUAUCAUCUCUGGCUACUACACCUACUAAUACUGCUGCUGCUGGGAAUACUGGUAAGAAUUCAAGUGUGAAUGGGAAAGAAGGAUCAUCACGUAGUUGGUUAUUUUGGAAAUCCACCAGUAGUUCGUUUAACAAUGGAGCUGGAGAGUCUACAUCUGCGGUGGGAGGGGAAACUAUGAAGAGGGAAAAGAAUACCGAAACGACAGCCAACACAACGGCUUUACCACAAGUUAAAUCUCCUGAAAAAGGAAAGUAG